ACGUGUCGCUUUUUAAAUGAUUUCAAAUUCAAAAUAAAAAAAUUUAGACAUGCACGUUCACGUCGAAAGCUGGCGACCCCUCCGGACAGAUUAUUUGAGGGUUUCUAUAUGGGUAAUAGAGACGCUAAAUCUAAAUAAAAGACGUAAGUUUUAUAUAGUCAUAGACGUGGUUCCAUCUGUCGUCCCCUAACUGUAUAUAAGAUGAGAAAAUGUGGAUGCGGCGCAAACGUAAACUAGAAUUCUAGACGUUAAGGUGAAUCUGUGAAUCGUAAGAUUAGAAACCACACAAUGCCUGAGCCAAUUGUUAACGAGUUUCAUGUGGCGCCCGACUGGCUUACUCGCGAUUACGUCGAACAGAAGCUGCGCGUGUACUUUAAGGAUGCCAAACUGCAACUAACGGAAUUACAGGUGACUCCAGGCACUGCUAAUGGGGAGAACUACGCUAGCGUGAUGACGCGCAUCAAUGUAGAGUUUAAGGACAAGGAUCAGGCAAAUCAGCGAGCCACAUUUCUGGUAAACACCACAUUUGCUGACAAGGAUCCAGCUGCGCAUCUACUCGGUCCCUACGGCAUCUAUGUGCGAGAAAUGGAUAUGUACCAAGAGGUGCUUCCCAAGUUGGCUGCAAAAGUAAUUAGAUCCUUGGAGGAUGAUAAGGAGUUGCAUGAUCGCUAUGCUGAGAAAUUCAAGGGAGUCGUCGAGCAUAUUAUGUACUAUGGCGAAAAGACAAUGAUACCAAGGAAAGGUGAUUUUGUGAUCUCUGGACGACGACUAUGAUGUUCAAGAACAAUGCACAGGGAAAACCAGAAGCUCAAUUAUAAGGGUGCAAUUCCAACUCUAUUUGACUUCCAGUUGCAGUUCCAAGCAAGAUACUUUUAUUCUAUGUUUUCAUCAUUUUGCUUCUUGCCUGCAAUGUUGCACAGUGGAAAUGAAGUUCGAGUUGCACUCCAUAAAACUGAUGUCAUGCGACAGAAAGUGAGGAAGCUGUUGCCUUUUUCGACAAAAGCGGCUUGCUCGAUGAAAUGUAAUUCAGUUUAUAGCUAAUAUGUUUUCAGUGAUGACAUAUUCAUUAUAAUAACUUUAAAUAAAAGUUUACGAAAAUGUAUCUAUCCAAACUGUAAUGCCAAGUGAUAUAAAAUAUAAAAUUAAAUAAAAAGUGCUAAUAAAAGUAAUUUAGAACAUCAUAUUUUUUUUUAAUUUGUUGUUACUUUGCGAGUGUUUAUAUUGUAUAAUGAAAACUGUUUUCAUAUUAAAGUUUUCUCAAAAUGCAGGUGGUGCCAAAACUUUUUUAUCUAUGUUAAGUAUCACUACCAUCGGUUAAUGAACUCUGUACUUACUCAGAAACCUAUUACGAAAUCUCUUUGCACAGAGAUUUAGUUUUUAUAUAGCCUGGCUAUCAGAUGGUAGACAAUUAACUAGUUAAGUUAAAAAUAAUAACAUUUAAGUUUUCAUGUGUACAUAAACGGAAAGCUUAUCGCUUUUCUUCUUAUAAAUUUUUCAGUUUGGUUUUUACCUCUCCUAAUUCCAGUUUGUGCCUCAUAUAUAGAGUAGAAGUAUACAUAUAUGUUUCACACACGCUUCCAUAAAGUAUAUACAUACAUUUUUUAUUAGCACCAAUCUUGA